AUGUGGGAACAUAAAGAUAAAGUACAUUACGAUCCAGUGCUGUCCUUUUUAAUGUGUCAAAAGCUGUGUAACCUUCGAAAUAUCAUUAUAGUCAAACAAGAAACAUUCUCUGAAGAUUUAGAGUAUGCGCUUAAAUCAGUGGGUGUGAACGGAAAAGUAUAUAACGUCAUCUAUGACGAAAUGCAUUCAAAACACGCCAAGUCAACAGUUGCAGUAUCAGACGAUAUGCGACCGGAAAUAGGAGCAUAUAAUAGCAAGAGUUAUCCCCCAUAUGUCUCUCCAAAAAUGCAUACACCAUAUCUAGAUUCCCUUGCUUCUAAGAGCUUAGUGCUUGAGCGUGCUUACGUUCAACAAGCUCUUUGUGGACCAAGCCGGGCAUCACUGUUAACCGGGCGCAGACCAGAUACCACACAUGUGUAUAAAUGCGGAAAAUCCUUUAGACAAAAGGGAGGUAACUUUACGACAAUACCUCAGUAUUUCAAAAUGCACGGAUACAGAUCACUGGGAAUGGGAAAGAUUUUUCAUGCUCAAGGAAUACAUUCAGACGGAGAUGAUCCAAUUUCUUGGUCUGAACCUUAUUAUCACGGAAUUCGUAAUUUUGAAAACCUGUCGAUAAGUUGGGCUGCAAUACUUGAAGAAGAACUUAAUUCUAAACCUUUACUUGACGAACAGACAACCAACCAUGCUAUUCACACAAUCCGCAGACUCGCAUUAGAUAGGGACACGGAUGAACGACCAUUUUUCCUAGCAAUAGGCUUUCGUAGGCCACAUUUACCAUUUGUGUUCCCGGAAUCAUAUCUUAAGUAUUACCCAGAAGUAAAAUUACCAGACAACCCGCAUGCUCCUGUCAACAUGCCAAGUGUAGCCUGGUAUCAGUUUAAACGACUGAUUAAUUAUAAAGACAUUGCUUACAAAGGCGGUGGAAAAAUCAACACAACACUUCCCGACGAUCAUGUUUUGUCAUUACGACGGGCAAAUUACAGUUCAGUUACAUGGGUCGAUUCUCUUAUUGGUCGCAUUUUAAAAGAACUUGAUACACUUGAAUUAUCUGAAAAUACAAUAAUUUCUUUUAUCGGAGACCAUGGGUAUUUACUCGGUGAACAUGGAGAAUGGUGCAAACAGACAAACUUCGAACUGUCUACGCAUGCGCCAAUGAUAAUACAUAUUCCUGGAAAAACAAACAAAGGAAUAAGAAGUGACUCUCUUGUAGAAUUUGUAGAUUUAUUUCCAACUCUAGUGGAAGCUGCUGGACUGAUACCGUUACCACAGUGCUUGAAGAAUUCAGUUAGCAUGCAAUCAUGUCGCGAAGGUUUAAGUAUUUUACCAUUACUAAAUGCGCCAAAUAAACCUUUAAGAGCUGCAGCAUUCUCUCAAUAUCCAAGGGGAAAAUUCAUGGGAUACUCCUUAAGGACAAAUAGAUAUCGUUAUACGGAAUGGCCAAGCUUUAAAAAGUCAUCUAGGUUUAAACCUGCAUGGUCAAAAUCUGCUGGAGUUGAGCUGUAUGACCAUAUGAUAGAUCCGGAAGAGAACGUGAACCGGGCGUUUAACCGCAACUAUAAAAUGAUCAUAAAGGAGCUUAGUAAGAUGCUCCGUAAUGGCUGGAGGAAAGCUUUGUUAGAUUCAAAUGAUAUUCAAGAUGAAUACACGAUGUUCAUCAACAAGCCCUUAUCAACGGUAUUUCAAGAGAACGCUACAAAAACACUUUUAUUCACACAGUUUAUAUUUGUAGUUUUGUUUAUGGUUUCCGCCAUGAUCAUUUUAUUAACGAAACAACGGAAUUAA